GGCACAGUUCUCUGUUUGUGACUUUUCAUAUAUUAGUUUCUCGAAAAAAAUACAUAAUUGAAACGGGAAUUUUUCAUUUGCAAUUUUUAUUUAUUUUAAUAAAUAUUUUUUGUGUUACAUUGAAUUCAACGAGUAAAUAAAAUUAUUUUAAAGUGAAACAAAAGCAAAAAACUACAUCCAUAGUCUGGUUGAUAUAAAAGAAUUUGGAAGAAAAGAAUAAUAUGUGCAUUUUGAAGAAUGCCGUUUCAGGCGCCUUCUUGGACAGAAUUUUAUAACUGUCCUAUUUGUGAAAAUGAGUUUUCCACAAAUCAACGUUUACCAAUAAGUCUAGGUUGUGGCCACACCAUAUGUCGAGUAUGUUUAGCUACCGUAUAUAAUCGUCAAUGUCCAUUCGAUCAGACAUAUAUAUCAACAGAUGUUGAUAAUUUACCUAUAAACAAUGCUUUAUUACAAAUACUUAACUCAGGGGAUGGUAAUGAUAAUGGAAAUGAAGCAUCUAAUAAUUCCACUGCUACUAAUGCAACAACUUCCAACAACAACAAUAAUAACAACAGCAACACCAAGAAUAUCAGCUAUAACAACAUUAAUAGCGCCAACAACAACAACAGCAGCAGCAGCGGCAACAAUAGCAAAACGCUUAAUUCGAAUAGUGACAACAAUGAGGCGACAGCUGGUGAUACCGAGAUGCCACCCAGUGUUCGUAACUUAAAGCCAGAAGAUUUAAAAAGUUAUAAAUAUUCGAAAAAAUGCAUCGAAGAACUUGCCCAGUAUCUCAAAUCCUUUGUUACAAAUAGCGGUUGCACUUUAUUAACGCGUCCAAUGCUACGUAAAUUAGUCACUUUGGUAAAUUGCCAGCUGGUCGAGGAGGAGGGUCGUAUACGUGCGGUGCGUACAUCACGUUUUCUGGGCGAACGCACUGUCACUGAAUUGCUGUUACAACACCAAAAUCCCCAACAAUUAAGUUUGUGUUUGUGGGCGGCAGUGCGUUCUCGUGGCUGCCAGUUUCUAGGUCCUUCUAUGCAAGAAGAAGUGUUGAAAUUAGUGUUAAUGGCUCUGGAAAAUGGUUCUGCUUUAUCGCGUAAAGUACUGGUUAUGUAUGUUGUCCAGCGUUUGGUUGAUAAGUUUCUGCCAGCUUCUAAGACAAGUAUUGGUCAUGUAGUUCAAUUAUUAUAUCGUGCUAGUUGUUUUAAAGUAUCGAAACGUGAUGGCGACUCAUCGCUGAUGCAGUUGAAGGAAGAGUUUCGCGAUUAUGAAGCCUUACGGCGAGAGCAUGAUGCUCAAAUUGUACAAAUUGCUACUGAAGCUGGACUGCGUAUAGCACCAGAUCAAUGGUCAUCGUUAUUAUAUGGCAAUACAUCUCAUAAGUCGCAUAUGCAGAGCAUAUGUGAUACUCUGCAAACGCCUUCGUCAUUCUCCCAAUCCAUACAGGAGUUGGUCUUAGCCUUGCAGCGCACGGGUGAUCCAACAAAUUUAUCUAACAUACGUUCUCAUCUCAAGCAUUUGGCUAAUAUAGAUCCAUCACUGGAAGGUCCUCCCCCUACAUGGGAAGAUGUUGAAAAGGCUUUAGAUGCUGUGCGUCACGUAGUAUUGGGCUUAGUUAAGUUCAUGCAAUUUCAAAGCAAUCGUAAAGUGCAAGAUUUUCCUGUACCACCGGUGUCUGCGAAUGGAAAGUAUAAAAUAAGUUUGUGCCGGGAUUACACGGAAAGACGUAUGUGUCCACGCGGUGCGAAUUGCACCUUUGCUCAUUCGGCAGAAGAACGUCAAAGAUAUCGGGCAAAACAUCGACGGACUGGAACUGUUGAAAAAAUCAUAACACGUCCAGCGACUGCCACUUCAACGGCUGGUGUGUCGGGCGCCAGUGGGUCAACGCAAACUGUGGAAAAUAUGAAAAAAGAAUUUUCACCCAAUCCCAACUCACAGCCAAAUCAGUCAGUCAAUACCACGCACCAACAACACCUUAACCAAACAUUGGGUCAUUUGCACACUAGUCCCGCUGAUAUGGUCAACUCACCCAUUAAGGUUAAAACUUCUCCCAUGCGAAAAUACGCCAAUAAUGAUAACCCGAAUAAUGGCAAUAUAAUGCGACCCAAUUUGAUGGAUCCUCAAUUUGUUGGUGAUUUAUCGAAUACUACUUCACCGCUUCAUAUUCAAGGUUCAAUAAAUGCUCUACAUGCGAGUCCCAUUCCUCCGGGGCAUAUGUUGGGUCUUACUGCUCCCACGCCUAUAGUGAAUGUACCACCACUGCAUCAACAGCAUCCUAGUUAUGAAAAUAUACCCUUCGGGGCGCUGAAUUUUGUGGGUGCCGGAACAGGAGGAGCCGGAGGAGUUGGUGGUAAAUUUGUACGCAUGCCAACAAUGGGCACGAGUUUGCCGCCUCCACCACACAUACGUCCACCCAAUCUAAGGGGACCCAUAAGUAGUACUGGCAGUGGGGGAGUACAAGGACUUUCGCCUAGAUCCUCAAUGCAUAACCCCAUAAACAUGACCACCGUUGUAAACCCACCGAAUUUACAGGGCACAAAUUCCAAUAAGCCGCCAUCGAGUCCUCUACAUAAAAACCUCUAUAAUAACUCAAACAUAACAGGAGAUUUUUACAAUGUUCCUUCAUAUUUUGGCAAUCCCACUCCCGAGCGACAAUUGCAGAAACCGCCCCAUAUGCCAGCCCCCACAAAUCCUUUGUGGGACUCGCAACAACAUCAACAACAACAGCAACAGCCGCCACAGCAACUACAACACCAACAACAUCCACAGUGCCAAUCAUUGCUAAAGCCUUCAGAUUAUCCUCACACAAACCAACAUCACCUUUUGUUUUUGCCACCGUCAGCCAAUCAACCAAACGAUUCCAAUGUAUUCUUUGAUAAAAACUCUUUGGACUUUAAUAAGACUCAACAAACAUCUAAUUUAGAUGAAGCUGUGCUACAACUCAAUGAAAACUUUAUGUUCAAAACAACACCAAAUAAUUUCUUGGAGCCGAACAGUGGUCAUCCCUUGAAAGAUUUAAACAAAAAGACCAAACCACACAUGUUUUGGCACACAAAUCAAUUGCCAAAUAAUGCAAAUUUUCCCAAUUCAGUUACUUUGAAUAGCAACAGCAACAACAACACUGGCAAUCCCAGCAGUAAUAAUAGCAAUAACAACAAUAACAAUAUGCAUAUAAAUAAUGGAGUGGUUAAUAUAGAACCGCCAACAUCUUCUUCCCUAUUCCGUGAUAGGGAAAGUUUUGUACGCUCAGAUUCUAUACUAGAUGACGAUGCAGCCACUUUUGAUGUACCACCCACAUCAACAGCGGCACUAGGCAAUAAAUAUGGUCCCAUUUGUCCCAUGUACAAAGGCCUUAACACCUCAACAUCACCUAAUAGCACAACAAAUUCUUUUGUUGGUUCUUGGAAUGCUUUGAUUUCUCCAGAGAAUGACAAACAGUGUAGUAGUACUACUAAUAAUCCUAAGGAUUUAUCAGUAUUCUCGCUGAACAAUAAUGACAAUGCAUUAAAUAUGCAAUUCGAAAGACAUUUAACUGAUUCAACGGAUUUGACUGUUCCUGCCAUGGCUGCUGCUGCAUCAGCUCAGACCUCAACAGCAUUUGAUAACUUUAAUAGCGUAGAAGCUGCCCUUUCAAAAUUAUCAUUGAAUUUUUCCAAUGAUUCUCGAAAUGAUCAACAACAACAGCUUCAGCAACAACAGCAGCAAUUAACACAUUUCGAAUAUGAUGCUUUGGAUCAUAUUUUGGGUGGUGUUAAUAAUAUGGGAAAGAACGACGAAUUACUUUGGAAUAAUGCCAGCGUCAAUAACAACAACAACAGCUCAAAACAGUCAACUAUGAAUUUAGGUUUAAAUAGCUUUUGGAGUGAUAGUAAUACAACAGCUGCCUCACAACCUGUAACACAAUCCUCAACCACAACUUUAAUGAAUAAUAAUCUACAAUUAAGCCAACAACAACAUCAACAACAACGUUUGUCACACAAACUAGACGACACCGAAUUGGAUAUCACCGAAAUUGUAGAUAAAAUUUUACCCUAUGCUGAUGAUAGUGGCAUAAAAUUGGACUAAAAAUUACAAGAACAACAACAAAAAGGUAACAAAACAAAAAUAUGAAAAUACUUUUAGAACAUAUAAAUCUACAAAAUACACCGCUUAAAAGAAAACAAAUCUCUCUCUUUAUAUAAUCUUAUAUAUAUUUAUUAUAUGUAUGUAAAUGUUAUAGGUAUGUGUGAAUGAGUGAGUGUAUUAGCGUUUAUUUUCAUUUGCAAAAUUUUUAAAAGUGAUACCAGAACUAGUAGAAGGAACAUUUAAACUUAAUAUUUUUCAAUUUAAGAGGCUUGGGUUCUAAUAGAAAAUGUGUUAGUUUUUUUUUCUGUGAUUUUUUUUACUAUCUCCUCCUUCUACUUUGUGGAAAACUCAAAUUUUCAACACAAAAUGUUCCCAAAAAGUGUCAUUAACAAACUGUGACAACUUUAAGUUGUUUUUUAAUUUAAUUGAUGAUGAUUUUUAGAAAAAGAAAAACAAAAUUGAAAAUUAUGAGAUUGUAAGCGUUUAAAUUAGAAGUGUUUCUUGUCUGUUUUUUUUUUUUUUUUUUUUUUUGAAAAUAUCUAAUUGUUUUGUUAAAUUCACAAGUUAUUGCAAGUUUUAUUUUGUAAGUAGUUUAUUGUUUUUAGUUUUAAGGGUGCAACCAAUUUUUUGAAACGAUAUUAUAGCUAUUGUUUUUAUUAUUGUCAUUUUAAAUAGAAAUUAUGUAUAUAUAUGAUUAUAUACAACUAAAAAUCUAAAGGCAUAUUUUUAUUUAUUUUUUAAAACAUCUAAACAUCCAUCCUAAUAAACGAAUUGAAAACUCUAUAACCGUACGUGUGUGUGUGUGUGUGUUGUGUCUAGGAAUGUUUGGAGUUUAUUUUUCGGCGAAAACUAAUUAUUAUUACACUUCUUAUUACUUGCCAAUAAGUAUUGAAGAAAACUCUUAAAGAAAUCUUGCAGUAAUAGGUAUUUUUAUUCUUUAAAUAUUUGAGGUUAAAACUAACAUAUUAACUAAACAGCUGAUUAAUUAGAUUUUUCUAAAUGUAAUUCUUUAGUAUACUUUGUUAAUGUUGUUAUAAAUAAAAUUGUUGUUGGUUUCAUUAAUAACUCCCAAGUUUUUUCAAAUUGUUAAAAUUUUUUUAUUUAAAAAUUGUUUUCAUCAUAUUGAUGAACUUUAGAUUUACCACAACAGCAACGUCUAUGAGAUCUUCGUUCAGUAGCAAAACGAUUUCCAAUCAUUUAAUGAUUGUUACAGCAAAAAAAAAAAAAACAACAACAAUAGUGAUGGAACAUUUUUCAUCACUUUAAUUUGAAUAAAAAUAGAAGAUUUUAACUUCUAGGCAUUAAAUGUUAGUCAAAUUUUUAAAACUUAUUUUAGAUAUUUAUAAAACAAAAAACUUUCUCACGUGAGAACAAAAUUACCAUCAGCCAAUCAACCAAACGAUUCCAAUGUAUUUUGAUAAUUACUCUCUGGACUUUAAUAAGACUCAACAAACAUCUAAUUUAGAUGAAGCUGUGCUCCAACUUUAACUUUAAUAAGCCUCAACAAACAUCUAAUUUAGAUGAAGCUGUGCUCCAACUCAAUGAAAACUUUAUGUUCAAAACAAUACCAAAUAAUUUCUUGGAGCCGAACAGUGGCCAUCCAUUGAAUUUAGUCCAAUAUUAACGUGGUAUUGUUUUAUAAAGUUUAUGACCCUUUACACUGCACUUUAAAAUAAUACGAAAUCGUUUUCGAAUGAAUCUUUAAACAAAUCUAUAGUACUUUAACAAUUUGGAACAACAAAAAGAACGCUUAUAUCAAACAUACUUUACUGAAGUUUCUAAUCAAAGAAGAAGAAAGUUCAGAUUAUAUAGGUAUUUGCUUUCCAAUAAAGAAUGAACGAUCUUCAAAAUUUUACUACAAAAAAUCUAGUUUUAGAAACCAUGUUCUGUACCUAUUUUGCUUUGGCGUUGAGACCAAAGAUUUUUGUUUUACUCAAGCAUUAUGGAUCUGACACAAAUUCGUUUCAUAGACGUUUCUUGAAACGGUUCAUUAAUCAAGGCGGCACCAGUUCCGGACAAUCUUUAUAGAACAAAUACUCUUUCUUAAAUCAUUUUUUGUAAGCAGUUUAAAGGGUUUGAUACAAAUCUGAAGUGGUUCUGAUUCUCGUACUAGUUUCAGAACAAGUUUAUCAUACCUAUUAUGCAUUUCGAUUACAUUUCUGCAUUCAGAAACGAAAUCAUAAAAUAAAUGCUUUACGAUUGUGUUUAUAUUGCAUUACGAUCGUAGUUAAAUACAUAUUAGGGUUAUAACUUUUAUACAAUUUUUGGAAAUUUUAAAUCGGACCUAUCCCUUUCAAAUAGAGCAUAGAAAUAUAUAAAGAAAUUUUCUGCAGCAAAUGUGUCAGUUUUAGAUAUUUACUCUAAACAAAAUUUUAAACUUUUUAAUACAAAACUGGAAAUUUUCCACAUAAACUACUGUCAUUGUUUGACCACGACGUUUAAAUGGAAAAAACGCAAGCAAUGGGGCGGCGGUUUCCCCCUCCCCUUUCAAAUUUAGCUCCCAAACAUGUAGAUUAUACUUUUAAAAAUUCAUGUAUAUUUGUUUGUGCAUGAUUUUAGAAAAUAUAUUUGCCGCGAAAAGUUUUUGCACUCAAAUGAGCCGAGAAAAAUAUUUUCGUUAUUAGAAAACUACUGGCUAUCAUGUAGUGAUAGGGCCUAAUUUUGGUUAUAACCCUAAUACAAUCGUUUUUAUAAGUUUUUAUUUUAUUGACGGAGAGUCGAAUCGAAAUGUAGAAUAUCAAUGUUGCCAAACGGAAUAGGCACAGCCUGGAAGACGCUACAUUGAUUAUGCAACAUAUUUUCUUUCUAAAACGGGAUAUGGAGGUCACUCCCUACAGCUCCCUUAAAUUUAAAACCAACUUUGUAAAUUACAAUAUAGUCAUCCUCAACAGACAAUUAGCCAUUCGUAGUAUCAACUGUGAAUCUUUUAUCAGGAAGAAGUGUAGGGAAGCAGUAAUCAAUGAACGAUUGUAAAUUUUCAUUUAAAGAUUUCAAACCUUUCACACAAAGACACAACACAUAAACACAUAAGGGUUAUAAAGUUCGAAGGCAUAGUGAUUUUAAGGCGCAAAUAAAUAGAAAAUUUUAGCUUAUUAUUAUUUGUUAAAAAUAUAAACAAUAAAUAGUAUCUCCCUUAUCACCAACUAACUAAAAGAAAAUUCUCUAUAUGAAAAUCUUUCAGUUCUUUAUAUACAUACACACACACACACACACUAAAUACAUACUAAUAAAAACAAAUUAAAAAAUAUAAAAAAAAAACAAAAGUAAAAAAUAUAAAUAAAUAACAUUUAAAAAUUAUUAUACAUAUAUUUCUUAAAGAAAUUUAAAUUACGCUAUUGUGCGAAUGUUAACUAUUACAAUUUAAACUUUAUAUACAUACAAUUAUUAUUAUUAUUAUAUUACCAUGAUGAUGAUGAUGAUAAUGAUGAUGA